UCCAGCAUUAUUAGAGGUAAUUUAAAGUAUGCGACUAUAGAAUAAAUAAUUCUAGAAUUUCAGUCGUCUGGAGCUGUAGGAGUAGGAGUAAUUGUUCAAGCAAUAUGGUGGAAAACCUCAUGUCGACAAACUUCAAAGAUACUUCAACAAACGAAGUAGAGUCGGAUACUUUGGAACUAAACGAUUUCAGUCCUAGAUAUAUUUUUUCGACAAAAGGUCAUAAACUACUGACCUAUGGGGAUUACAUAUUUUGCAAAAAAAGCGGAAACGCUGCAAAAUCAUACUGGAUAUGUUCAUACGACAAGGGAUUACAAUGCAGAGCUAGAUUACGACUUUUGGAAGGAUCAGAUUCUUGAAAAAUCAUAGGAAGAAGUAGUAUGCACAACCGCGGAGGAGAAUUCGGACGAGUUGAGGCAAGAGAGCUAGUGAAUAGUAUGAAAGAAAGAGCAAUGAGCGGCAAAGAGUCAUUGGAAGAUAUUUAUAACAGAUCAAUAGCAAAGGAAUCGUUAACCGAAGAAGGUUUAGUUUCUCUGGUCACUAAGCAAGCAAUAAAAGCAGCAAUGCGAAGAGUUCGGAGAAAGAAGCACCUGUGCAACCUCACAGGCUGCGAAGAACGGCCACAACAGGAUGAAGACACUCCUCUAGAUCUCUCGAUGAAAUCAAAACAUCGGGAACAACGCGAUGGCAAACAAAGCAAAGGAUCGGUCGUCAAACAUUUGAAAUAAGCAAAUGAUUGUUAUUUAGUAAAAGACUGAUUGGAAUCACUUACUAAAUUUAUAACAGAAGUGGUAUAAGCGUGGAUCAGCUGUUCAAAUACUCACAAAUGGCAUUGCAAUAGUGAUACAUGGACCUUAUACAAGUUUUUAUCAAUUCUGUAUGAAGAAGAUUGUAGCUAUGUUCAUCUCUUUAGUAUCAGCUCGUAUCACGUCGGACUUCAAUUCAUGAUGAAGUCGAACAAACCGUUUAUAUAAAAAAACAUUGUUACACUUUGAGUGACCUGACCUGCCAGCUGACCUGCUUUCAUUUACCUUUACGACUUUUAGCCAUUUAUCCAUUGUAGGGGGUAAGAACAAUGAUGUUUUCACUCUCAAAAUAAAAUUAAUCAAGUAUCUUAUAUCUAUGCCUACUCUGAACACAAUCUACGGAAAUUAAACUUGUUACUGGUAAUGGCACAUAUAUACGACUCAGCAGGAACAGAGCGAAAACACUGACUAGCAUACGUGAAUGAUGAUCGAUCAGUUAGUUACCAUAUGGAGAACUCCCGUCCAGUCUGAGCAGCUUGUUUCGAGCAAACCCAAAUUCAAACAGCAGAAAUAAAGAUAAUUUUUUUAUUCCAUUCGUCAGCAAAAGUUUUUCACAAGAAUCAAUUGUAGUAUGUGGGCCAAAAGCUUGGAAUUCCCUACCUAAUGACAUCAAAAAGUCAAAAUCAAACUCAGAAUUUCGUUCCAAACUUAAACAAUAUAAAUUAUCGUCAUAUUAGCAAAUUUCUCUGCUUUGAACAUAUUACUGUCUUUGAGAUUAUUUUUCAAGGUGAAUUCAAAACUGAAAAGGAGAACCGUACAUGAUUUUGAUUGGACAACUAUCAGGUCGAAAAGAACCGGUCGAAAUCUUCAGUCGCCAUAGAACAGAUGGCGAUUUCAAUAACUCCACAGGAUACUUCACCCGGAUUCAACAUGAAACAAUGGACUGAUUCAAUAACUAGCACACCAUUCUAAUUUCAUCACCAUGCUUAAAUAAUCAGACAAAGAAACAAAAUUUAAAUGUAGCAAACAAUAGGGACAAUGAUCACUGUUAAAGUAGCAUGCUGCUUUAUUUAUUUAACUUCAUUCCAUUAUUCUCGCCCAGCACCAAAUUAAACAAUCUCAAUCCUUUCUUUAUUCUAGGAUAUCAUAUUAUUCAAUUAUAUUAUUGUUUUUAUUUUAUUAUCAGCACUAAAUCGAACAAUCCUAACCCUUUCUUCAUCACAGGAUGCCAUAUUUUAUUAUUAUUUCAAUUCAAUUUGGAAAUAGACCUUAUUCAUUAAAAACCCAUUCUACGCGCAAAAAGAAAA